AUGGUCUAUCACUUAUUUGAAAGAAUUUGUAAUCCUGAUAACUUUAAGCUUUCUGGCGAGGCUGCUCGUGUUAGAACUCUUAUUGCUGCAGGUUUUUCUAAAGAAGAAGCUGAGUAAGUAGCUUGGUUACAAAAUCAUUAGGUCAACGGUAAAAUCUUAGGUCUUUUUACUGGUGGUUUUGCUCUUUACUGCUGCAAUAACUAUUUCCACUAUUUUGAAAGAUAUUUCCCUAGACUUAGAUACCAACCUUUCACUAAGUUCCUCGCAUAAGCUGCCACUGUUUACUUUUUCUUCAAGAUUGGUGACUACUACUUCACUUCUAGAAGAUACGGUUCUAAUGAUGCCAGAAUGAACGGAUUAAUGUACUCUAAUACCUACUACAGCACUAACAAGGAAGCUUUAAUCUAAAACUUUGAACCCUUGAACAGAAAGUUCACUGAAGAAGAAGUUGAAUAAUUCUUAAGAAAUGAAGGUAGAUCUCAAGAAGAAAAGAGAAACUGGAUCUACAAUCCUCACAUCCAUGGUUCUACCGAAGGUGAAUGGAAGGCUGACAUCCACGAAAAAUUCGAUAGUGGUAAGGCCCCUUGGGAAAGAGAACAUGUUAAAGCUAAGAUUUUGGAAACUAAUAAGGCUAAAAUCGAUGCUGGAGAAGAAAUUCAACUCAAGCCCUUCAAAACUCUUAAUCACUUAGAUAAAACUGGUCUCCUCCACAGACUUCACCCCUUCAUUUGGACUAAUAACUGGACUCUUUUGGGUUGA